AUGAAGGCUUCCGGGUGGAUAGCGGCCACAUUCCUCGCCUCGAGCGUCCUAUCGAUAGAGACCAUCCCAUUCGCACACCCCAUCACCGCAAGUCCUGCACAAACCGGGAGAGCAUAUGACAUCUUGGAACUCUUCAAGCGCGACGGCAACUGCCCAGGCGGAUACGAUCCAUGCGACGACACAGGUGUCUGCUGCCGGACAGAUGCGAGAUGCACCAGCGACGAGGCCGACCACGUCGCAUGCUGCCCUAGCGGCGCAAGCUGCACUGGUACACUGAGCGGCCCGAGCUCCGGGGGGUUCCAGUAUCCUUCUACAUCGGAUGCGACACCGACGGGAGACGAUGGGCCUGAGGUAACCGGAUCGACCAUGUCGGGUGCAUAUCCGUUCGUUUAUGUUCCGACCUCGUUCUCAGAUGCGGAUCAGUGCUCGUCGUACUAUGACCGGUGUCAAACCGACUACACGCAAUGCGUUAGAUACAUGGGGGGAGGCUACGGUGUUACAGUCACUGGAGGCGGAGCGGACUUUACUCAGACUGGUGGCUCGGGGUAUGCGGAGGAGACCUGCUCCAGCCUGAGACAAUCAGCCUGUCACGGCCUCAAUAUAGGAGUCUGUGGUAGCUACGAAGGCGGAUCGGAUGGUGCAGGGUGUAGGCGGACUUCCAGUUUGCAUGAUAUUUUUGUUGGCUUACUGGUUGGCGUUGCUGGGUUCUUCAUUUGA